AUGUAGAAAUUUGUAACAAAUUGACCUCAAUCCAUUUAAUUACCGAUCUUAUAUGGUUCACUUUAAUCAUGUGUGUUUAAAAUGACUAAUUUUCCAAAAUUAUUAUAACUAGGUAGUGGUAAAUCAAUUAGUUUAGCAUACUAAAGAUGAAACUCGAAAUGAAACUGUUGAAGAAAUAAAUAGUCUAGUAAAAUAGGGACAGUUUGUAUGUACCAAACGGCAAUGAAAAUGAAAACCGAGGCGUUGGUGUCCAGCAACAUUAUUUGGAAUUCAAGCAUGGAGUUGUCUCCAGUUCCUCAUGAGGAAUCAUUCCCAGUGAUUGGAAGCUGUCAAAUUUCGUCCAUUUUAUCAAAUUUGGACACAAACACGUCAGAGAAAAAUCUUCACACUUCCACGGAUAUUGGGGAAACGAUGGAAUUAAUCGUCCUUCAAAAUGGAGAGUACAAAAUGUCAGAUCAUGCCGAUUUAAAUACAUCGUCCAGCGAUUUUAUUUUAAUAAAACAAAGUAUCGACAACAACAAUACGGAGAUAGACAUAAAAGGAGAGGUAAAGAAAGAAGUUAAAAUAAAACGCAACGAAGAAUUCGAGAAUAUGCUGUAUUUCGUUUGUAAUCUUUGUCCUUACCUGUGCAUUAAAGACUCGAAAAUCACAGAACAUUUGGAAAGCGAACAUAAAAAUAAGGAAUGUCCGAGGCCAACUCAGCUCAAGUGUCCCGCUUGUCCCAACAUAUUUUAUCACAAGUUACCCUUACGAUCUCACCUACUCUACGAUCACAAGGUUGCCAAUUCUGAUUUGCGACAAAUUAUUCAGGCAGUAACUUAUUUUUCUAAGAAAGGUAUUAUGACAACUGGAAAAACGUUCGAUGGUGGCAUUAGUAAAGCUCCUGAAAUAGCUUUGAGUUACAAAAAUGAAAUAGAUCAGACCUUAAUUGAGAAGUUAAUGAGUACAAAUAAAGUAAACGGUAGUGCAAUUAUCGAUACAGAUUGCCACUUGGUACCUUCCAACGAUUGCUCUAUGCAAAAGAUUCAAGUUGUCAAAGACAUGCAACCAAAGUGUGAUCGUUUACCUAUUGAUCCUUUGGUAAUUGAAAAACGAAAUGCGACAGAUAUAAUUGUAUCUGACUCGGUGAAAGCUACGCCCCAAGGUGUUAAAAAGAAAGUGGAUACUGUGUCAAAAUACUUGCAACAACAAAAAUUGCAAAAGUGUACGGAAUCCUCGUGCAAGAUACGCUUACAAGAUGAAACUAAAAUGGCCUACCAUAUCAAGUGUCACGCCGAAGGCGCAUUUAAGUGUCCCGAAUGUUUACAAUUAUUCGCAUUUUGGAAACCAUUGACCGGUCAUUUAUGGAGACUACACAAGAUUGAUAUGGAACUAUACUCGUGCGAUAUAUGCGAUUACAAAACUUUCAGUUUAGGAAAAUUAAAUAAUAUUCACAAAUUAAUUCAUAGUGAUCUCAAGGCCUUCAUUUGUGAAGUGUGCCAGAAAGGGUUUAAAAAUACAAAACAGUUAAGGAACCACAAAAUGACUCAUAAGGAGAAAAACAAUAAGUUUUCUCACGUUUGUGUAAUAUGCGAGAAAAUAUUUUCCAAUCGACGACAAAUGCGUGUGCAUAUGGAUGGAGUUCACAAUAAAAUCAAACCAUUUUUAUGUAACUAUUGCGGGUAUAAAGGUGCUUCGAAAGGUGCAUUGAAAAUGCACAUAAGGCAACAUACUGGGGAGAAACCUUUUACGUGCAAUUUCUGUAACUACGCGACAGCGGAUCACAAUUCAUUGCGUCGACAUAAACUACGACAUACCGGACAUAAACCUUACAAGUGCGAACAUUGUGAUUAUGCGUGUAUACAGAGUAGUACCUACAAAGUGCAUUUAAGAACUAAACAUCCAGGUUUGGAAAAAGACUAUCUGUUCAUAUGUUCGGAAUGCCAAUUCAAAACUGUUAAUCACGAUAUGUAUUUGUCGCAUUUAUUUUUAGUUCAUAGACAAAAAGCCACAAAUGAUGCGCAGUAGCAGUUUCCUUUGUGCUUAAGAUACACUUAAAAGAAAGGUACAAAAUGCAGGUUGUGUUGUAAAUUACAGUGUUCUUUGGCAAUUUGCACGUAACGCAAUCAAUCUCCUCAGAAGUUUGGUGAACAUAAUAGCUAACGAUAUGAGUUUCUGCUUUAAACAUCUUUCAUCUUGUCCCAACUUUAACACCAAAUUAUAGAUCACUGUACUAACCGAGGUACUAUCUGUAAAAAUAUUGAGUCUAUUGAAAAAUGAAUAGCGAAGCACAGCGAAAAUAAUCUUGAUUUUCUUAAAAACAUUCUAUAGAGAUUUUUUCUUUCUCUAACAAUGUAAGUCUUACAUAAAAAUAAGAGGAAAAAUUUUUCCACUUUAUUUUUGUAAAUCUAGCUACAUAUGAUCACUGGUUUAUUUGUUGAAACAACUGAAUGUAUAUUAGAUCUGCCAAAACAGACAGAAAGGAUGUAAUUUAUUUAGAUAAAGUUCAUGUCAGUUUAAAAACAUAUUAAACAAUAAACCUAAAAAUGGCUCAUUUAUCAGAAAAACGAUGUAUUGAAAUUUUGGUGAGUGAGAGACAAAGAAUGUAUUGCGGAAGUUUGUUUUACAGAUUCAAUUGUUUAAAGAAAUAAACUAGUCAUACUGGGUAUCCAGAGUAAUAUCCUAGGUAAUAUCUUCUGAGAGUUCUGAACAAAGCUAUUAAAGUACAGUACAAUCUUAUAAUCCGACAUACAGUGUGUCCCCGGAUGGACUGAACAAGAGGGAAAAAAUUUUUAAUUUUAACUUUACGCAAAAAUGUCAUUCUUUAUAAAAAUGUUUGCUUGCCUCA